AUGGAAUGGCAUAGAGACAUAUUUACCAUCCCAUCUCAGGAGUAUGAGAGUGUUUGCGCAGAUCCAUCGGUGAAGUACAAAGAGAAGCAUUUCCUCUCUACUGCCAGAAGGAAAGGUGCAUAUCAGGGGUGUUUCACGGACAGUCAUUGGGGAGGACAUCGAAAAAAACAAAACUGGGAUUUGUUGGUCAAAUACGCUCCAAAGAUUGCAAAAAAGCAUUCUGAAGUUCCUAACUCACUGCGUGAUGUUCUGAACAUUACCACAAAGAAGUGGAAUGGAGGGAAAUUCAGCAAAAGUGAUGGGCUGCACGUGAUACCACCAAGCCUAGCCCUAGCACUGGAUACGAUCAUCAUGGACAGAUUAGCGGCUGGCGAAGAAGUUUCUUACGAUUUCGUUGAAUCAACAUUGAAACUUUUGGUGAAACUUUGGAAUGAAAAGAUUGAAGAGUUGCAGGCCGAUGUUCAGGAAACAGUACAAAAGAAAAUCUUGCAAGCACAAAACGCAAUCGCUGAGUCUGAAGAUGUUGGAGAUGAUGUUGCGCGAAUGGCAAAGGAUGAUGAAAUGACAGCAUUGAGCAAGUUGUUAGAGACACUCCAGCCCUGCAACAUCAGCACCCAACCUACUGCACUGGGGUCUUGUGCAUCUCGAGUUUGCAACCGAUUGGGGAUCCGAACAAGUUCGGUGACCAAACAAUCAAAACACUUGGACUACGAUCAUCCCAUGGUUGCCAAUGUGAGGGCCUUUGUAACCUUGUGUGUGGAGCAACAUCGGAUAGAUGGUAGACUGGUUGCAAACUUUGACCAGGUGUGGACAAUGCAGUAUGAAGGACUUGGUGUGGAGCAUGAUGCGGUGCAUACUCUCGACUUGGAAGAGGACAAGCAGAUCGAAAUGGAGCAUGGUGAACCAAUUGAGUACGGCGACUUUUCCGGUGAUGAACUGGAUUCAGAGCUACACAGUGGGUUUCUCUUUGUCAAAGACUCAGACUCAGAGCAAGAGGACGAGCAUGAUGACAAGACAGCAGAACCCAAAGAGGACGAGAAUGGCAAGAAAUCACGCAAUGCAGCACUUGAGCACCGACCAGAAUAUCAGGAACUCAAAGCGGUGAUGUUUGACUUUGAUGAUUUGGAACGAGCCAUCGAAGCCAAGGUUUGUGAAGCGCCGGCUGUAGUGCGGGCCAAGGUCAAGCCCCACAUAAAGAACAACCAUACCAAGGUCGUCCGCAUUUGGGCAAUCUCCGAUCUUCACACAGAUGACCACCACAACAAGGAGUGGCUAGAUGAGCUCGAAACCAAAGGCGCCGCAAACGAUGUACUCAUUGUGGCUGGAGAUAUCUCCCAUAAGUGGGACAUCAUCAAGGAUACAUUAAGCUUCUUGAAGGCGCGCUAUGCAAGGGUUUUCUACUGCCCUGGAAAUCAUGAGCUUUGGGGCAACGCCCAAGAGGAUUCCAUGCGCCGUUUCCAUGCGAUCCUUCAGCUUUGUCAACAGCUGGGGGUGGAGACGGCACCUGCGGAGGUGGCAGUGGGGGACCGACGCGUGCUGAUCGUGCCCAUCAUGUCGUGGCACCACCCGCAGUGGGACACGGAGCCAGAAAUCCAAGGUUGGCGAGGCUUACUCCCUGUGGACCAGAUGCUUAGUGAUUACCCACUGACUCACUGGCCAGAGGGGAUUUGUAUCCAGGACGGUUCUGCAGCCCUGGCUAUAGACAAAGUCAACGAUGAGUUGGUUGAUUGGAUCGACUUGCUCCAACGCAGACACGAAUACCAGGAGGUUCUGUCCUUCUCACACUUCUUGCCAAGAGUGGAGAAUAAUCCGGAGAAGAGGUACCUGACCUAUCCGAACCUCGCCAAAGGCAUCGGCUCGGACUACCUCCGAAGACGGGUGGAGGAGUUGCGCCCGAACCUCCAUGUGUUUGGCCACACGCAUUUCGGUUAUGACCUGGAGGUGGAGGGCAUUCGCUACGUGCAAGCACCGCUGUCAAUGUCCUCGGAACGACAUUCCCGUGGAACCACGGUGGCACUUGGCGACUUCCCAGACGGCUUGCCGUUUUCGCACCCGUUCAUGGUGUGGCAUUCGCGCAGCGGCUGGGCACCAAAGAGUCAGGGCGCGUGGUCGGCCUAUGUCGAGCGCUACGGCCGGCGGCCGGACGUCACGUGGCUGGUGCCAUCCUACGUAGCAGAUUCUGGAUUAGAACCCAUAGCCAGUAUCACUGGCAACAAACCCAAAGUGGGUUGGCUCCCGGGCAGGGCGCCUGUGUGGCUCUUUGGCCCGAAAUCACAACGCAUCUUGGAGGCUGCUGCUGAGUGCCGCAAAGUUUCGGAGCGCUUAGCCAAAGAAGCAGCUGGAACCUACAAAAAGAAUAAGAAGAUCCAUUCCGACGAACCGCUCCCCAUCGAAGCGUCUGAGGUGGCCGUUUUACUUUGCAAGGGCAGCGUGGCGGUCAUCGACGUGCGCGAAGGACACCUGGACGCCCGGCCGGACGGAGCGGUGCAACUGCCCCACCCCUCACAGACCUCACACUUUGCGGCACUGCCGGACGAGUAA